AUGGCUGACGCCGCUCUAAAACGCAUCGAAUCUUUCCAAUAUCCUGCGGCGCAUCUGGGGCACCUCACAGAAAAUCAGCAGGCUGCCCUGGAGUCGUUCAAGAAUCUGUGUCAAGAUGAAGGAUACUACAAGCCAGCCCAGGUGGGAGGAAGACCUGAGCCUAGCCACGACGACGAGACUAUGCUGCGAUAUCUUCGAGCUCGACGUUUUAACCCCACGGACGCCUUUGCCCAAUUUAAAGAUACGGAGGAGUGGCGGAAAGAGAACAACCUCGUUGAGUGGUACGAUACCAUCGACGUGAAGGAGUACGAUGAUACUCGGAGGCUCUACCCGCAAUGGACAGGACGGCGCGACAGACGCGGGAUACCUGUUUACGUGUUCGAAGUCGCGCAUUUGAACGCGAAAAACAUGUCCGCCUACGACAAAUCCAUCGCAAACGGCGCCACAGUCUCCCACAAAGUCUCACCGAAAAUGCUGCGGCUAUUCGCUCUAUAUGAGAACCUUACACGCUUCGUCAUGCCGCUAUGCUCUGCCAUAACCGACCGCACUCACCCUGAAACGCCGAUAUCGCAGUCGAACAACAUUGUGGACAUUUCAAAGGUUGGGAUAAAGCAGUUUUGGAAUCUCAAGGGGCACAUGCAGGAUGCAAGUACUCUGGCAACAGCACAUUACCCAGAGACGCUUGACCGGAUCUUUAUCAUUGGCGCGCCCUCCUUCUUUCCUACCGUCUGGGGCUGGGUCAAGCGCUGGUUCGACCCCAUCACCGUCUCCAAGAUCUUCAUCCUCUCCCACGCCGACAUGAAGCCCACGCUAGAAAAGUACAUCGACCCGGCCAACAUACCGAAGAAGUACGGCGGCGAGCUCGACUUCGAGUUCGGCAUGAUGCCGAUCCUCGAGCCCGCCAUCGAGAACGCGCUGAAAUGGGACCACCCGACCAUCCAAGGCGGGAGCCGCACGAUCCCCACGGGCCCGAUCAAGUGGGAGGAGAGCGCGGACGGCACCGUCACCGCCGUGGCUGUAGGAACCGAGAACAAGGCACCGCGCCGGAGCGUCGUCGCCGCGUUGGCCCACCCUGUGAGCAUCAAGGCUAUGCAUGGUAGCCUUGUCACAUCUAAUACGCCCAUUGCCGAAGACGAGCUCGCGCUGACGACUGCUGGCACGGCGACGCAGCCUCCAGACUCCGCGAUUCCCGAAAACGCUGAGGAGCCGGCUGGGGAGGAGGAGCCGCCCUCAGCCUCAGAGACCCUCCCGAUCCGCGAGAACAAGGCGCUUGAGGAUCGAGCGGGCACCUCGUCGACGCGGUAUGAGCAACAGUCCAUGACGCAUGCCCAUGGCCAGCUCGCGGAAGGGACGCCGGCUGUGAACGAUCACGGCUUCGGCGAUAAGACGGUAACUAUGGAGCCUAGCACAGUCGGACAGGCUCCCAAGGACGUUUCCGUGCCUCCAGCAGAGGAACCUGCUGCCCCCGGCUACCUCGAGCAAGCAAAGGGCGCGGUAGGCAGCGCAGCCGCAGUUGUCACAAGUGCGGCCGGCAACGCCGCUGGUGUGGUUGGCGGAGUGCUCCCAGUCGGAGGGAAGGGCAGCGAGGAGACCAAGGCCGAAGAGGUCAAGGAGAAGACGGAAGAAGAGAAGGAGCAGGACCGGCGCGUAGACGCGGCGAAGCCCGAAAUCGUAGAGGGUUUCUUGCGGAGCAACCCUUGA